AUGACCGAACAACUGUCGACUUACAGGGGCAAUUGCCACUGUGGCGCAAAUCGGUUCGAAGUGCAGCUUUCUCGGUUUCCUAGCUUUGUUAUCUGCGAUUGUGAGCUCUGCGCGAAGAAGGGAUAUGUCUGGAUAUACGAAGUAGGAGAUAAGCUGCAGAUCACCAGAGGCUGCACAUCUGAGACUCUCACCAGCUACACGUCCGACGGUGCAGAAGCACUCCAGCACGAAUUUUGCUCAAACUGUGGCACAGGUCUCUUCGGAAAUCACAUCUCGGGUGUGCAGGCUCAGAAGAAGGGUAUCAACUUGCGCGCUCUGGUUUCCGGCAUGCCAAGCGUCUUUCUGAAAGGCAAAGACGUUGUUACUCUAGACUCUUCGGGCGUAGAAGAAACCUACCCGGGGAGCCUGAGUCGCAUCGAGACUUUAUCCCAGCACCAGAGACCUGGUGGCAAGUUCCAGGGAACAGCGCCAGAAGCCGUCGACGAGCAUCCGAAGCUCUACAUUGGCAGUUGUGAUUGUCGCGCAGUCCAAAUUGCUCUGAGAACGAAGCCACUAGCCGAAGCUGAGAUCAAGGAAGACAACUGCAGCAUUUGCGUCAGGAAUGGCUUCGUCGGUGUUUACCCCCAUAAGUUUCAGGUGACCAUCUUAGGCAAGGAGAACACCCAAGAGUAUCAGUUUGGUCGCAAGUUCAACGGCUCGCCGUUUUGCAAGACGUGCGGCGUCCAUUGCUUUGGGAAUCUCUAUGGUCCUCCGCAGGCAAUCAUUGACAGACUACCAGAAGCGAAGAAGGAUUUCGUGAGAAACCAACUGGAAAUUCAGCCUCUCAACAUUCGGGUAUUCGAUGACAUUGAGUGGAGCGAGCUUGACAUCAACUGGAGUAAUGAAGGGACUGAAGGCUACGUCUUGUCAGAGUAA